ACGUCUCUACCAGGUCCUCACUAUCCGGUCAAGCUCAUUUCGCGCGCACGUCUCGUUCUAGCUUCCUUAUCGAAGUAUCUUGGCCUGAACAUGUCCGCCAAUAAGGGAGGUGGAGGCGUGGCCACCAUUUACAUCCACGCUGGGGCUGGCUUCCACAGUGUCCAUAAUGAACACUUACACUUGAAGGCAUGCGAAGACGCUGCAAAGGCUGGAAUGGCCAUCCUGCGCAACGGCGGAACGGCGGUCCAGGCGGUCGAAAUGGCCAUCAUAACCUUGGAGGAUAAAGAAAUCACGAAUGCUGGCUUUGGCAGUAACUUGACUAUCGACGGAGAGGUUGAGUGCGAUGCUACCAUUGUCAAUCAUCUUGGACGGAGCGGCGCAGUAGGAGCUGUUUCCAAGGUCAAGAACCCCAUCUCAGCAGCACGCUGCAUUCUGAAGACAUCGUCAAAGCCAUUGACCUUGGCCCGCGUUCCGCCCAAUUUUCUGGUCGGGCGAGGUGCAACAGACUUUGCCUACGAGCAGGGACUGGUGGUGCUGCCCCCUGAUGCUCUGAUCGCUCCCUCUGCGAAGGAGAGGUGGCGCCGCUGGCAACAGGAAUUGCAGGUCGCGGAGCACAGAGAGCGGACUAAGCUGGGAAACUAUAUCCCAUACCAGGCUUGUUAUCGUCGUCCAGUCACCGCAUCCUCCGCCCACUUGGCCCAUUCUUCAAGUGCUCAUAUCCCCUCCCAGCCGGCACCCGCGUUUGUCCCUGCUUACUCGGAGCCUGUGGACCCGCGUCUAACCUGCACCACUUCAAGUCUACCUCCAGCGGAACCAGUGCGCACACUGUCCGAUACCUCUGCACUUAGGGAUGGCAGAUAUAUGGAUGGAAUGCUCCCGGUUUCCACUGCCAAUGUCAGUGGUUCGUCGCCUGAAUCUUCAGGAGAGACCGCCAACAAGGCUGCGGAUGCGAUAGACUGUGAUUAUAUCAGUGAUACUGUGGGAGCCAUCGCUGUGGAUUGUUGGGGCAAUAUCGCGGCCGGCUCGUCUUCCGGUGGCAUUGGGAUGAAACACUCCGGUCGUAUCGGACCUGCGGCACUCGUUGGCAUUGGCACAUGUGUUAUCCCCGUUGAUCCCAAAGAUCCCGAGAAAACCACCGUCGCAACCGUUACUUCGGGAACCGGCGAGCAUAUCGCGACUACGAUGGCAGCUCAUACCUGUGCUAUGCGCAUCUACUACAGCCAAAAGAAACACGCCGACGGCACUUUUGAAGAUGUCAUGGAGGAGGAAGCUAUGAGCUCUAUGAUUUCCUCCGACUUCAUGGGCCAUCCCGGUGUGCGUGGAAGUAGGUGCCAGGCUGCAAUCGGCAUUGUUGCGGUCAAAAAGACAACGCACGGCAUUUACCUCUAUUUUGGCCACAACACAGACUCAUUCGUAAUCGCGUCGAUGAGCAGCGAGGACAAGCAGCCUGUGUGUGUGAUGUCCCGCAAUAAUGGCAACGGCAGUAUUGCUCAGGGAGGUCGCGCCACUCGCAGCAAGCCGAUGUCGCAUGCGAAGUAG